GUUUACUGGGGUGAUGACAACAGGAAGUGCGCUGCGGCUGGUGUACCUCCCAGCGGUACACUUCGAGUUCACAGAAUAUGGGCGGUGUUUUUCGACAAGAAAUCCAAACUUAUCUUGCGUAUAACUUCAUGGAUUCAACAUCCCAAAACUAUAAUUGGCGGCAUUUUAGAUGACGAAUACAAAGGGAACGUUACGGAAAACCUUAGUUUUGGAAUGUUUUUCGGUGUUAUUCGUGCUACGAACUUACGCAGAAAUGAAAACCUAUUCACCAAUUACGUACUCGUCCAUGAAAAUUUGUUUGAACCUAGUCUCGUACCUCCCGGUACUGGUAGUGAUUUCUCCGAGAUGUACCAUGGAGCUCCAUUUGUCCUAAGAAUUCAUAUCUUCGAAUUGAAAGAAACAGGAGAAGAAAAAGAAAUCUCAUUGUUCACUAUCGAGAAGUGUGGUCGAGAUCAAAAAUGGAUUGCCAACGAGGGUUAUUACCGACUUGACGUCGAUACUGGAGAACUCCUACCUAUUUAUUAUAAUCCCACAAAAACGGAUUUUUAUUACUAA